CUUCCGGUUCCGUAACUAUGGGUGGUUGACACUUAUGCUCUACUUGCAUGGACGGAGGAAGGACAGAAGAGUUUUAGCUGCUUGCAAAUGGAGUUACUCGAGGAACAUGAGGACAUUUUAAGAGGAAGAGCAGAGCUGCUACAGCAGAUGGAGAGUCACAGGGAGCAGCUGAACACACUGAGAACACAACAGGUGAAGGAGCGUGAGGCUGCUCGCCUCAGGAAUGCCACUUUACUCCAGGACUUGCAGAUGAUCGAGGAUCAUCUGAAAGUGAGACAGCUGCCACACCCACAGCUGCUGGCACUGCAGACAAAGUAUUGGGCAUCUGUGGAAGAGUCUCUUCCAGCCUGGGAGCACUUCCUCCUGGGAAAAGGCCCACACCCGACUGAUGGUCCAGGACAGAUACCCAGAAGAGCCAAACGGAUACCCAGCACAUCUAAAGACCAGGGUCUGCCUCCUCGACCAAAACCACGACCUGCCAGAUAGGGAAGCAGUUACUGUGAUGUUGCUGCUGUUGCUUGAACACUGGCUUUGACAGUGACAUGCUGACAGCGCCGUUACGCAUCAGCCGGGCCUCAUGCACAGGUGCCAUCCUCCUGACCAGGGCUGGAAACUGGUCAGAAAAAGUCUGAACUGGUGUUUGCAGGUCAGCUCUGGAAUGUGUUAAGCAUUCAGUAUCAUUUAAAAAACACAGUGAAAAAAAUAGAGUAACAGAUGAUCUUCACACUCUCCAUUCUGACAGGCAGAUUGUCUUCUCUGUAUCUGUUCCAUUUUAAUGUUUCUGUUUGCAGUGUUAAAACCACUAGAGGGAGCUAACAGUCUAAAUAAAUGAAGAUGUUUUUACUUGUAAAAAAAAAAGCUUUUAUGUAUAACUGGCAAUACAGUGUUUUGUUUUGUUUUUUAACGGAAUAAUAAGUUACCCUAAACAUUA